AUGGUACUUCAGACGGCCUUUAACUUGCGCCGAGCGGCUCUUAAAGCUCAGCUGGCAUCCUCUCAUGCGCUUUCCACAGCAUCUGGCAGCUCUGGUGCCUUUCUGACUCUGGAGACUCGCCCUAAUGGCGUGGCUAUUGUGCGAUUGGACGAUAAAUCGGCCAAAGUGAACACUAUUUCGACCAAGAUGACAAAAGAAAUGUCGUCGAUGCUUGACACUGUGGAGAAUGACCCUGAUAUUAAGUCGGUGGUGCUUAUCUCGGCUAAGCCCGGCGUUUUCAUUGCCGGCGCUGACAUCGCUGAGCUAAAUGCAUGUAAAACAGAAGAGGAGAUGCGAGCCUUAUCUGGCUCUGGUCAAGCCUUUAUGAACCGCCUUGCGGGCUCCAAGAAGCCGUUUGUGGCAGCUAUCGAAGGAUCCUGUAUGGGUGGAGGUCUUGAGGUGGCACUCGCAUGCCACUAUCGUGUUGCCUCUCAAAGUAAAAAGACGCAACUAGCGUUGCCUGAAGUGAUGCUGGGGCUGUUGCCCGGUGCGGGGGGUACUCAGCGCCUACCAAAACUUGUAGGUAUCCAGGCUGCAUUGGAUAUGAUGCUUACAGGGAGAAAUAUCAAGCCUGACAAGGCUCUGAAGAUGGGUCUUGUGAAUCAAGUGGCGGAUCCGUAUGCUCUAGAGAGUGCGGCCAUCUCAGCAGCUGAGCAACUAGCUUUUGGAAAUCUAAAGUCUAGCAAGAAGAGUAGGGGAUUUGUUAAUCGGAUUUUGGAGGACACACCGCUGCGUCAAAUUGUCUUUAAGAAGGCCGAAGAGAUGGUAGUGAAGAAGACUGGCGGACAUUAUCCCGCACCGAAGCUUAUUAUAGAGGCAACACAAACUGGUAUUGAACAAGGAACUCAGAAGGGUCUGGAGGUGGAGGCUGCUAGUUUCGCAAAGCUAGGAAUGACUAGUGAGGCGAAGGCGCUUAUGAGUAUUUUUUUUGGACAAACCGCUUUGAAAAAAAAUCGGUAUGGAAAACCAGCGAAACCUGUGGAAACAAUGGGUAUCGUUGGUGCUGGCCUCAUGGGAGCUGGGAUUGCACAGGUGUCGGCUACUAAAAAUGUUCGCGUCUUGUUGAAAGACCGCAAUGCCGUAGCUGCAGCAAAGGGUGAGGACUAUGUACGCAACAACCUGGAUCAAAAAGUUAAGCGCAAGCGCAUGACGAUUUUUGAUCGAGAUGCCGUCAUGGCAAAGAUCGUGCCUCUCUCCGAUGAGGAUGAUAUCUGGAUCAAACAUAUCAUGAAGGCAGAUCUAGCCAUUGAAGCUGUGUUUGAAGACUUGGCUUUGAAGCACAAGGUGUUAUCUGAUCUUGAAAAGUACGUCCCGAACGAUUGUGUACUUGCAACAAAUACAUCGGCACUUCCAAUUGCCGACAUUGCAUCUGCCUGCAAGCGUCCGGAGAAUGUGAUUGGAAUGCACUAUUUUUCACCUGUGCCGAGUAUGCCGCUAUUGGAAAUUAUACGUCAUGCAGGUACAAGUGAUGCGACAGCCUCGAAAGCCUUGGAUUUAGGACUUCGGCAAGGCAAAACAGCUAUCGUGGUGAAGGAUGUUCCAGGAUUCUAUGUUAAUCGCUGCCUUGGGCCUUACAUUGCAGAGACAUUGGCUCUUGUAGCAGAUGGUGUGGAUCCGGAAACUCUCGAUAAACUCAUAACAAAAUGGGGCUUGCCUGUGGGUCCUAUCACGUUGGCUGAUGAGGUAGGCCUCGACGUGGCUUACCACGUCAACCAGACCUUGUCGAAGGCGCUGGGCGUCCGUAUGAAUGGCGGAGAUGCCAAGCUAUUCGAAGAGAUGAUUGCGAAGGGUUUUUUGGGUAAAAAGUCUGGCAAGGGAUUUUUUGUGCAACCUUCUAAUGGAAAGAAAGCUAAGAAGAUCUUGAAUGCUGAUGCUACAAACAUCGUGAAAAAGUUCCAAAAAGAAGAUCGAAAGCUCAGUGAAGAAGACACGGUGAACCGUCUUAUCUCACGCUUUGUAAACGAAGCCGUUCUAUGUGUACAAGACGAGAUUAUUGAAUCUCCUUUGGAGGGCGACAUUGGAGCAGUAUUUGGCAUUGGCUUCCCGCCUUUCAUUGGUGGCCCCUUCCGCUAUGUUGACAAGGUGGGCAGCGCAAAGUUCACGGAGAUGAUGCAGCGUUAUGCUGACCAAUAUGGCCCGCAAUUUGCACCUGCACCGCUCCUGCAAGACAUGGCCAAGACGAACAAGAAGUUUCAUUCGGCUUAA